AUGAAGAGGCUGCGGCUCCUGCGAUGGAGCGGUAGUGUACUUUCACCCCGGACGAGACCCGAACCUCUCCAUUCUCACAUUUGCCAUUUUCGACGAUGUCAAACGACGGUCACUGACAUCUCAGGGCCCGGGGAUUACCUCGAAGGGGCCCCUAUAUUCUCCGAAGAUGUCCUCGUCAAACUCCCUUCGCCUCCGGUCACAGCUGCGAAGACCUCCGCAAAACUCGCGGCACUACAUGCCCGGCUUGCACUUCCUACACGGCUUCCCCUCGAGACUCUGGCGAGAACCCUUGUGGAUGAUUCGGCCGAUCCUUCAAUAAGAUUCAAUAAUAAACCUUUUGCUGUGCUCGGCAAUGAUUUACUCGGAUACUAUACCUCAGAGAAUAUUUUGGCUCAGUACCCGAGAUUACCAAUGGCAGUGGUCUUCGCGGCCAUGUACGCCUAUCAUGGUCCGGCGACCCUGUCUUCUCUGGCUAGAGAAUGGGGCGUCGAGUCUGCGGCAGAACCUGGUGGUGAAGUUGACCCAGGGUUACUUCAAUUCAAACGAUUACCUCCUGAACCUAAACCCCAACGACCAUCACUGCAAGUAAUUGAGGCUUAUCAAGACGGCGAGAAGUUUCGGCGGACAAUGAACUCGAGAACAGUCUAUGACGAUCAGUUUGGAGAGCGCCCGGCCUCCCAAGAAGUCACGCAGAAAGGCGUCACCCUCGAAAGAGCCUCGACAAACUUUGUUCGGGCGGUGUUUGGCGCGGUAUACCUACAUGCUGGAAGAGCGGCCGCGAAACAGUUUUACAAUGACCACAUUGCUUCUCGGCAAGUCAACAUGGCCAGCCUUUUCCAGUUCAAGAAUCCUACUAGGGAUUUGAGCCGACUGUGUGCCCGAGAAGGCUUCCAGGCCCCCGUGGCCAAGAUCCUCAGUGAAACCGGUCGCAAGAGUCGAACCCCGGUCUUUGUUGUCGGCAUAUAUUCCGGCAGUGAGAAGCUUGGAGAAGGGGCCGGUGCCAGCCUCAUCGAAGCUCGAACACGUGCAGCAGUUGCAGCAAUGAAAGGCUGGUAUCUCUACAGUCCGACAGAAGUUCGGUUGCCUAGCGAGAUGGAAGAACCUGGAGCUAAAGCAUGGACCCCGGUUUUGAUUGAUGCAGGCGAAAUCGCCAAUUGA